GGUUGGAUGGUUUUCUGGGCAGCGGAAAAAGAGCGCACCCCGUUUCAGCAAGAAUAUAGAAGCUGUUUUUCCGGACACAUGAAAGGCGAGUUUAUUUUCGUGAUGAGUGUGUGAGGUGAGAGUUGCGGCCAUUUAUUAUAUGUGUUUUGGCUGAGUGAAAAUAAAAACAAACAGAUUUGUUUGGAUUGGAGCGGAUUAAGCACAAUCUGGAUAUAAAUAAGUGAUACUUUUUGAAGAGCCGUUCGAGAAACAUGCGGUAAAUGCAUGCCAGCCGCAUCCGAGGUGUUGAAUUAUUAUUUCAAUUUAAACGAACAUAAUUUGCCGCUCGAUCCGUGAGUCAGUACAGGUGUUGAAAAGGGAGGAGCAAGUGUGUGUGUUUGUUUGAGAUAAGCGCGCGCGGACAGAGCAUCGGAAAAAUAAAAACACUCAGAGCAACGAAACAUUGUUUAUAUACAUGAUGUAGUGGAGUGUCGGUUGGAAAAUAUAACCAUCAGCAGAACGUUAUCGAACACUUCUUUGUGACUAGACGGGAAAAUGUCCCCCAUUGAGCAUCAUCGUAUAUCAUUAUUGAUGUAUGAAAUGAGUGAUAAAAACUAACUUCGCUAACUUCGGGCCUGGUUGGAACUGUGAAUGAUGUUAGAAAUGGAUUGGAGUGGCAACGAUAGCCUAUCGAACACAAGUGAUCCCUACCAAAUGGAUACCAGUCAGACAACCGCGACAACUUUUACGACCUCGAGGAUGGUGGCGCCACCAUUGUCACCACCUGCUGUGGGACUUACAUUUCCGUCCGAUUUGCUCACACUGAUUCGCCAGACGGCUACCAUGUCCGCCUCCUCGAAUCUGUCCUAUCUGCUGAGUAAUUUCAACAGAACCCUAUCAUCGACACAAACGGAAUUUAAUCUAUCGCGGCGUUUUCCACCGCAUCCGUUUUUCCUUCCGUUCUACAAUGACUCGGCAUUCGACUCGUGCCCUUCGAUCCAGAUGCCAAUAGGGAAUCUGAUAUCGAUGAUUCUGUACGCCGUUGUGGCAAUCAUCGGCUUGCUUGGAAACACGUUAGUAAUUUACGUGGUAUUGCGAUUCUCGAAGAUGCAAACCGUAACCAAUAUGUACAUCCUGAACCUGGCGAUCGCAGACCAAUGCUUCCUGAUUGGUAUUCCGUUUCUCAUUACCACUAUGUACCUCAGGGAGUGGACCUUCGGAAAUGCGAUGUGCAAGGCGUACAUGGUAUCCACCUCGAUUACACAAUUUACAUCGUCGAUAUUUCUUUUCAUUAUGUCGGCCGACCGAUACAUUGCCGUUUGCCACCCAAUCUCCUCGCCCCGCUUCCGGACGCCACUUGUGUCGAAAAUUGUUUCAUUCUUUGCCUGGACCGCAUCGGCACUAAUAAUGCUACCGGUGAUGCUGUACGCCAACACGAUUCAACGCGAAAAAGAUAAACUUUCCUGUAAUAUUGUGUGGCCAUCGGAAAAUGCCGCCAACUCCGGCACCACUUUCACCCUCUACUCGCUUAUCCUGGGGUUCGCCAUCCCACUGUCUCUUAUCCUUAUGUUUUACUAUCUUGUAAUACGCAAACUUCGCACCGUUGGUCCGAAAAGUAAGUCCAAGGAGAAGAAACGCUCCCACCGCAAGGUCACCAAGCUGGUCCUGACGGUCAUCACCGUGUACGUGUUAUGCUGGCUACCCUACUGGAUCUCCCAGGUAGCGCUAAUUAAUUCCCCUCCCGACAUCUGCAAAUCGCGGUUGGAAAUCACCGUGUUUGUGCUGGUGAGCUGCCUCGGAUACUCCAAUUCGGCGAUGAAUCCCAUCCUGUAUGCGUUUCUCUCGGACAAUUUCAAGAAAAGUUUCCUGAAGGCAUGUACCUGCACGAAGGGCAAGGAUAUCAACGCUCAGCUGCAGAUCGAAAAUAGUUUUUUCCCACGGUUCGGACGCAAUCGAGGCUCCGAGCGGGGCAAUUCCACCAAAAUAUUGCACGCGGGGAGACAGAAAGUAGCCGAUCAGAGUCACCCCAACGAUGCUGUCAUACAUAAUAACGCAAACAUCCGCACCAACGUUAACAACAACAACAAUGUGACCAACAUCAACAACAACAACAACAACAACAACGGAAACGCGACUGCGACAGCAGUGGCGUCGACGAUGAUGACGACGACGACCACAACGACAAGCGGCGGAACUUCCACAUCGAACAUAGUGCCAAUCGCGAGCAGAGUCCUUGAUGGGGGCACGAAACCGCCGGUGCUGCACACGGAUUUAUAAAUUAUCUGCUCGCGCGGCCCGAGGAAGCACGAGUUGAUAAUUGGUACGCAUUCUGGGCUUCAAAACAUCGGCUGGGCAAGUUCAACCGGAAAAUGUCAAUAUUUAACGGGAAGAGAUUGACCGGUGGCGGGCUGGUGGAGCGAAAAAAAAACAACAACUAGUGAAUGAAAGUAGAAGGAAUGCAACGGGAUGCAGAGGCGGAUCAAUUUCAAUGAGAUGAUGCUGCGAAAGGAGUGGCCGUAUCGAACGUGUGUAAUAAAUUACCCGAAAAUCGUGAAAACUUUUUUUUUUUUAUCAAAGUCCAAUUAUCGGUGCAAUUGCACACCAUCGAAUAGAUACAUAUUACAUUCAGGGAAUAUUUUAAUUUUCGACCAAUUGUGGUGAAAAAAAUGCACGAAAAGCACGAUGAAAAGAGUCGAAGUUCAUUCAAGUCCGUGAGGUGAAUGAAACAUUGAGCGUAAUUUGCUGUGGAUGACGAGGAAUGGAAUGUUGUAUUAUUCUGUGCGAAAGAAAAUGAAGCUCGAUUGUUUGAUACGUUUUAAUCAAUAAGGAUUCUGCAAUGGAAAAAUGAAAAAAAAAACAUUGGCAGCAAGCAAGAAAAAAGUUGUUCAUUUGAGGACUGUUUUUCAAAGGCAUCGCAGGGAUAAAAAAAGUGUAAAAUAUUCCGAGAACCGUGUUAAAUUAGUGUGACAUAAGAAGAAGGAUUUCACUGAACGGAGCCCUUUCAGUGUCCUUUUUCUUUUGUCUGUCUAUGUUUUUUUUGUGUGUGUCGAGACGAGUGACCGAAAGAACUUUUAAACGAAGGGGUGAGAAUUGACUUGUAAUAGGAUUAAAAUCAUGAAUGGCAUUGGGAACACUUUGCUAAGGAUAUUCAAGUUUUUAUCAAAGAAAUAAAUUCUUUAUUAUUCUAGCCCUCAGCUUUUCAGCGUCUUAGGAUUUCUCCAUAGGGAUGAGUAGAUAAGGGUACGCGAAAUCAUGUAAAUAAGAUGAAAAGAGGAACGAUAU